AUGUUGAGCUUAUUAUAAUGGCAACACUAUUUCCUUUCUUUCUUUUUACGGCCUUUCCGGUUGAGUUCCUGGGGCUGGGAGCCGUAGUUUCGGUUUUUAUUAUUUUUAAUCGCCCGUAAUCCUACAAAAUGAGGAUCUAUAAGGAUAUUAUUACUGGUGACGAGAUGUUCUCGGACACAUACAGAAUCAAGCUGGUUGAUGAAGUAAUUUACGAAGUCACCGGUAAACUGGAGUCAAGAACAGAGGGCGAUAUCAAACUUGAUGGUUUCAAUCCUUCAGCUGAAGAAGCCGACGAGGGCACAGACUCGGCGGUCGUUAGCGGUGUAGACAUUGUCCUGAACCACAGGCUUGUGGAGACUUAUGCCUUUGGUGACAAAAAGUCUUACACCCUGUACCUUAAAGACUACAUGAAAAAAUUAGUGGCAAAAUUAGAAGAAAAAUCCCCCGACCAAGUAGAUGUUUUUAAGACUAAUAUGAACAAAGUUAUGAAAGACAUUCUCAGUAGGUUUAAGGAUCUACAGUUUUUCACGGGAGAGUCUAUGGAUUGUGACGGCAUGGUCGCCAUGCUGGAAUACCGUGACAUUGAUGGCGUCUCCACCCCCAUCAUGAUGUUCUUCAAGCACGGCCUCGAGGAGGAGAAGUUCUAAUUCCAUAAGUGAUACUUUUGACAAGUCCAGAGCCUAAUUACUUUUUUUAUUUAUUUACACCAAUCAUGUCCGCUCAGCAGUUAACCAAACCGGCUUCGGCUACUCCCCAUCAAAGGCUGAACUUUUGUAAAGAAUAAAUGUUGCAUAUUAUUAAAAUAAAUAAUUUAAUGAACAACUGAA